AUCAUGCAUUUACAAGGAGUCAUCCAGAUGAUGAACGACAUUCAGAAGGCACUUCAGGGAGCCAACCUUAAGUUUGAGAUUGAUCUGCCAAGAAUCGCAGUAGUAGGAGCUCAGUCAAGUGGCAAGUCAUCUGUGCUGGAAUCUAUUGUUGGUGAAGACUUUCUGCCAAGAGGCACUGGCAUCGUGACUAGGUGUCCACUUAUCCUGCAGCUUAUUUAUCAUGAAGGAGAUACAGUUGCAAAUUUUAGUCAUCUUCCAGAGAAAUGGAUUUCUAAUUUCAAUGAAGUCAGGAAUGAGAUUGAGAAAAGGACGAAUACUCUUGCUGGAUCUGACAAGAAGAUUGUUAACUUGCCUAUUUACCUGACGAUUUACAGUAAAAAUGUUCCAAAUCUUACUCUUAUUGACUUACCAGGAUUCACGAAGCUCGACCUUGACGACCAAGAAGCUGGUAUAAGUAAAGAUAUAGAAGCAUUGGUUAUGGAGUAUAUCAUUAAGAAGAAUACAAUCAUACUUGCUAUUUCACCUGCGAAUAAUGAUAUUGCUAACUCUGAUGGUCUGCUCUAUGCGAAGAAAGUUGAUCCCAACAGAGAUAGAACUUUUGGAGUGAUGACCAAGAUAGACAUCAUGGAUAAGGGAACCAAUGCUCUCGACUUCAUCAAUGGAACCAAGUACAAACUGAAGCACGGCUACAUCGGAGUGAAAUGCAGAUCACAAGACGAUAACAACAAAGGAAAAACUAUCAUAGAUUCACUAGAAAAUGAGAAGAACUUUUUCAGAACUCACCCAGACUACAAAGACAUCGCCCAUACUCAAGGAACUUCAGUGCUUGCUCAAAAAUUGAGCUCACUUCUUAAUGAUCAUAUUCUGAAGAAUUUACCUCCUAUCGAGGCAAAGGUUCAAGUGAAUCUUGAUGACUGAGGAAAGUCGCUUGAAAGUUUAGGUUUAGAAGUAGAACUUAAAACUAGCCAAGACAUAGUAUCAUUCAUCAAUAAGAUUAUAAGCCAAUACUGUAAAGAACUCAAAAGAGUUAUGAAGAGCAGCCAGAUGGUUAAAGUGAAGGGGAAAAUCUUCUUCGAUGGUGGAGCUAGGAUCUAUGAAAUCUUUCAGACCUUCAUGAAAGACAAAAUCAGUACAAUCGAUCCUUUAAGAGAUUUCAGUGAAGUAGAUAUUCUUACAGAAAUCAGAAAAAUUAAUGGGAUUGAACCUAGCUUAUUUGUCCCAAAUAAAGUAUGAAAAAAUUUAAUUAAGAAGACAAUCGAUCAGUUUAGCGUUCCAAGUAUUAACUGUGCUAUGCAUGUUUAUAAUACCAUAGAAAAUUCAAUCUCCAAAAUUGAUGUUGUUCACCUAAAAUCGAGAAAAAGGCUACAAGAUUUUUUGUGUAACCACGCAGAAGUCGUUCUUGAACAAUGCAAAGAGAAGCUUAUCAGCCAUAUCAAAGACAUAAUCUUGGAUGAAAAGAGUUACAUCAAUUAUGAUGAUCCAGAUUUCAGAGCUAUUCAUUUGCAUCUAUUUAGCACUAAUCAGCCUGAUUCUGACACUCUGGAUAACUACAAAGUCUUGUAUGGUAUUGACCCAAAAAUCUUUGACACUUACUCAGCAAAGGCUGCUAUCCAAAAUGCUGAAAUAAAGGCUAAAAAUGUAAGAAAAUCUAUACAGAAGAGACAAGGGGCAACAGUUAGUUCAGGAAAUUUUGGAGGAGUAAGAAAUGUUAUAUCUCUGCUUCAAUCAUCCUCCCAAGAUGAAACAGAAACUGAAUCCAAGCAUAGCCAUCAACCAAAGAAAGAUUUUGAAGAUUGGAACAUCAAGAAAGGAGUUGAUCUUGCAGAUGGCCUCUCUUCCGAUGAUAUAUCUAAUAUUAUCUCUGUAAGAAAAGUUGUCACCGCCUAUAUUGCCAUUAUAAAGAAGCAAUUUAAGUCAAGGAUCCCCAAAUGCAUUGUCAAGUGCUUGAUAAAAGACUUUAACAAGCAGAUCAGAGACUUUCUUCUCACUGAAUUUAUUAUGUACGAGGACAAACAAAUUCUCGCACAGGAAGAUCCAGAGACACUUAAGAAGAGAAAGUUGCUCCAGAAGAACAUGGAUACUCUAAAACUAGUAAAGAGGUCACUAAAAAGAGUCAAGAAAAGCUUUGAUUACUAA